GCCGCCCGGCUCCAGCUGACCGGCCUGGAAUCCCGGCCGGGAGCCGCGCGCCCCCCGCCCGCCGCCGCCCCGCGCCCCGGUCCCGCCAUGGGAGACGCCGGCAGCGAGCGCAGCAAGGCGCCCAGCCUGCCCCCGCGCUGCCCCUGCGGCUUCUGGGGGUCCAGCAAGACUAUGAAUCUCUGUUCCAAAUGCUUUGCUGAAAAAAGAAAUCCACACAACGAAAAAGAUUUCCAGAAGAAACAGCCAGACGAUGACUCUACUCCCAGCACAAGCAACAACCAGUCAGAUUUGUUCUCUGGAGAAAUGAACAGUGACAACAGCAAUACCUCUCUAACCACGCAGGCCGCUAAUUCCAACCAGCAGCUUUUGACAGAACUGAAUGUAACUUCACCGAGCAAAGAGGAAUGUGGGCCAUGCACAGGUACAGCUCAUGCCUCGUUAACCACACCAACCAAAAGAUCUUGCGACUCAGAUUCACAGUCGGAGAGUGAGGCUUCUCCUGUGAAACGACCACGGCUACUGGAUGACAGUAAUGACAGGCCUGAAGAAACCAGUCGAUCCAAACAGAAGAGUAGACGUCGAUGCUUCCAGUGCCAAACAAAACUGGAACUAGUACAGCAGGAACUGGGAUCAUGUCGCUGUGGUUACGUGUUCUGUAUGUUACAUCGCCUGCCCGAACAACAUGACUGCACGUUUGACCACAUGGGGCGUGGGCGUGAGGAAGCCAUUAUGAAAAUGGUGAAACUGGAUCGGAAAGUAGGGAGAUCUUGCCAACGCAUUGGCGAAGGAUGUUCCUGAGUGCAAGACUGCAACCAAAUGCUGUUCUCUUAGUUCACUAAUGUUAGCCUUAUUUAGGACAAAGUCAGCCAGACACCUUGUACUAGGCAAGUUUCAGACUACAGCCAAUCAGUUUCCUUUCUUUAGCCAACCGUCCUGGUACUGUAGUUUAGGGGUUGAUGGUGGUUGAAAUUGAUUUCUGGCUGGUUACUAAGGUGCCUGCUAGCCACCACAUAAAAAUAAAACAUGGAGAAAUAUUAUUUUUGAGUAUGGCUAGUGGAUUUAAACAAAGCGAGAAAAAUCCAAAGGCUUCUGUUAUUGCUGGAGUCACUCUAAAAGCCUUAUGCUGGAAACAUUCCAGCUGCAGAGUUAAAACAAAUAGUUGUAUAGAAGCUGGUGUAAAAGUUUGCUAUGCACAUGGCUUUCAGACAAACUGUUUAAUGUGCAGCCUUUCACCUCUUCACUGCUAGUGAAUCCUGAGGAGGUGAAAUACUACUAAGAGCAGCAACUGCAGCUGCUUAAGCCCAGAAGACCUGACUGGUCACUCGUGCCUUCAUUGCGUGUGGCUUUUGAGUUAGGCAGUGUCACCAGCAUCAGGGAUUCUGUUGGGGUAGGAACACCUUUCUGGUUCUUCCCAGGAAGCCAAAAAGAAAGGGGGACAGAGAUUCUUAUGAAAAAUUUUUAUAUGUAUCUUACUAUAAAGAACCUAUCAGGGUUUUGGGUUUUUUCUUUUUUUUUUUUCUUUCUUCUCUGUUAAAUUAUGAUCUCACUUUAAAGCCAACUCCAUCCCGGAGCAGUAAAUGGUGCAUACUUUUUACAUGGCAUCCACAGAGAUUCUACGCGUUGUGUGAACAGGUUCCACGUACCUUGAGCAGUGCAGCCAUUCCCACCGGCCGAAACCUGAUUGGCUCUUGUUUGCCUUUUGCUAAGUGCAGGUAUCUGAUAAUUGAUCAAAUAAGGCUAAUUCACAGCACAGUAGCCAUGGCUGGAUUCUACAGACUGACUUUCUGUAGCUAGACUUAUAUAUUGGGGGAAAAAAGGACAUUUUGUAGCAAACGGAAUUCAGUAACAGUAUUGGGGAACAACCUGUAAAACACCCUUUUCCAGAAUGAGUUUGUGUUCCUCACGUCCAGAGUGUCAAUGAGAUAAUCAAAUGGGCUCUACCAGCCCUCCUUCUAUGCAGCUGAACGCUCUCAAGAAAAUCUCUGCCCGCAAAGCAAGUAUAGCAAGUGGAUGUGAAAAGCAUUACACGGAAUAGAGUGUUCUGGAUGUGGUUAGACCUAUGGUUCUGUAUUAUGGUAUGUCACGUUGAGCUGAGCCGCAUUGCACCAGUUUUGUCAGUUUGGAAACAAAAAAGCAGACUUCAUAAUCGGGCUGUCUCCUGCUGUACACGGGGUUUUUGCAAGUAAAAAGGAUCUGUACCGAUGUCGCCCAGCUUAAUCCUGAAUGAAUUUAACUUCUCAGUCUAUUAGUAAGUUAUUAACAAGUGGGUAAAUUUGUAAGAAAACCUGAGGGAAGGAAAGACUGUCUCAUCUUCAAAUACUGGGCAGAUCUAAAACAUCCAGGGGGGUGAAGUGACAUGUCACUUGAAAAACCCCUGUGUUUUGGGAGUGAGCUUGUAUGAGUCAUCCUCCAUUCUACUUGUUACAGGUAAUUAACUCAUUAUAGGCCAAAUUAUAUUGUUACUUUGGUAGCCAGUUAGGAACUUUAACAAGGAGACAACUAAUUAAAAAAAAAGAAUAUAAAUAUAUAUAUAUAUGUCUCUCCAGACACACAGCAUCUGACUGUAUUAGCAUUAACCAUCAGAAGUGUCCCAUCGUCAUAAACGCAAGCUAUCCAAAAGGCAAGCUGGUUUUUUUCUUGUUGUUGUUAUUCAAGAAUAUGAAACCAGCAGCAGAAUCUUCUAAAUUGUGCUGCAUUUUCAGGAAAUGGUCCUGGUGAGAGGGGUUGUCCAAGAAUAUUAUUUACAUUUGCUUUGAGGAGUUAAAAUAACAUGAAUUUUGGCGGCUGCUGUGAUACGCACUUUCUUUUCGUACAAAAUCCUAUCCUAGCAUUUGAUGGGCAUUCUGAUUGAUACACAAGACUUUUCUGCAUUAAUACUGAAGAUGCUAUUUUGUUCCUCCUUAAUAUUCUCUUUAAUCUCAUUACAAGUGCACAGAUGGUUUCAAGGUGGCUCUUGAGAGAACACUAAAAGUUUAUGUGAAUUAUGGACAAUGUUCACUUUAAGCAAGAAGUUGGGGAGGGGGUUGUUCCUUUGCAGUAUCUGUUCUGUGAAGUUUGUUAAACGUAAAGAAAGCUUAAGUUCUUGUAUCUUAAAAGAAGAUCUUAUUUAACCCUUUUGUGUUCUAGAUUUACUUACACAUGUAGCCUAGAGCUCAGUUUUAGUUUAACAUUGUGAAAAUAUUAAAAGAACCUUGUAACUUUAUUCUUUUUCCUCAUGCUAAAAAAAAAAUUAAACCAAUCAGAUUAAAGUUUGAAUUCCUUUCUGCCUAUUCCAACAGGUCAUGCUAUUUUGCACCACUUCUACUGUAAAUUUAUGUAAGAAAUAUAAAUGGAGAAAAUACCAACAUUAGGUCAGUAGCUUCAAGCUGAAUUUACAGUUGGGGAAAGGUGGACAGGAUUUUCUGCUGGCUUGGAAGGGGAGUGUGUCUGCUGGGUUUUAGUGGUUUGUUUUAUAAGCAAAUCUGCUGUAGCCAAUUUGGUCCAUUUAACUUUGAGGUUAGAUACAGUAGUCAAGUGAAUAAGCUGUGCAUACUCUCUACAUCGAAUGCAUAUUGUACACUGUAUCAUUGGCAUUAAAAUGUCUUAAAUGUUCUUUCAUGCACUUUGACAACUUCAUCUAGAAUAACUGUAUUCCUUAUGGAUAAAUAGAGGAAUAACUAUUGUUUCUUAAUCGUUUAGAUGCUAGAAACACAAGGCUAAUUAAAAAACAAUUUAGUGUAUUAGAGGGAGAGAGAAUAUAGAAAUAAUUAUGUAAAAACAAUUUUGAAAAUUAUUUGGAAUUGAAAUUAUGCCUGAUUCAUGGGACACAUACAUGCAUUUUUUUUUCUCAAAUUCAUGGAGUACUUUCAAUUAUAAAACUCUUCAUGAUUCUUGAACAAGAUGGCUGUGUUCUAGUAAAGGUAAGUUGCAUAAAACAGCUCUGCCUUUUCAUCAAGUUUCAAACCUACAACUGGCUGUGAGCCAGGGCUUCAAGGAUAAACAAGAAUUGCCAGUGAAGGUUGCUGUGCCAGAGCAUGUCCUUAAUUGCAGCAAUUUCUGUUUUGAAGCAGCUCAGUGUCUUGAAUGAGCAUCAGUGUAACUGUAACAUGAGGUACCUGAGAACAGGAGCUACUCUUCAGUAGUGCACAGGCAACACCCUGAAAAGAGUCCUGGUGCAAUUGUAGCAGUCCAAAAGUAAUAUUAACUGCUUUUAUCUACUCAAUGGAAGGUGAUAAAUACAUUCAAAACUUGAAUUUUGCAUGACAUUUCUUUUGGCUAAAUUGUAAUCCGCUGGCCUAGUGAAUACAAUGUCCUCUUUAUAUUUAGCUUUGUACUCUCUGUGGUGGUCAGUUCAUUCUGCCAUCAGCAAUUCCUUCUGUGAUUAUGCUACAACUUAGAUAUAAAUCUCUAGGAGAUAAAAGCACUUUUUUGUUAUCUUACAAUGAUUAUUUCAGUACAGAGACACACUGGGGAGGAAAACUGAUACUAACGGAGUCAUAAAAAUACAGAUUUUAUAAUAGACUCCAAGGAAUGUGCCAGUGGAAUAUCUGACAGCACCUGUCCUCGCAAUUGAUGUGUAGACAGUUAAGUGCCCAGACAAAUGAAUUAACGUUCUCUUUGUUGUAUUGUAGUUACUGAAAUUGUCAGUCAUCAGAGGAACAGCAAAGAGAAGGUUUAAUCAAAAUAAUCCCUUAAUGUAACAAUGAGCUUGUAGCCAAUUCAUGGUGUAAAUAAGUUUGUGUUCUCCUGGAAACUUUUAUACCUAGAAAACAAAUGGAAACAUGUAAGAUCACACUAUUUAAAAUGAACUGUAUUUACUGACAACACAUGGUUUAUUUCAUUACUCAAAUACCUGAUUAGAAUUCUGCACACAGAACAAAAAUAAUAUAAACAUGAGUAAGCUGUGGUCCAACUCAAAAACUGUUGUGGCAGGAGCUGCUGUGUAAGGAUACAAUUCUAGUGGACCCAGUUAGUAAUCUGAUGCUUAGUUAAGACUGUGUCUGUACACACUUUACUACACAAAGGACCAUGGUGCAAAAAGAGUGCAUAAAAUUAAAUUGUUCAAAAGUAUUUACAGUGUACACUUUACAUGGUAAACUUUUGCAAUAGUGGGCUUUAUUUCUCACUAUCAGCAGCUGUUUUGGGACAGCAAACUUUGCUGCUGGUGGGAAGAGCCACUUCUGAAAGACACCAGUGAGAAGGACUCUCUUCCUAGUCUUCAUUCAUUUUUCUUUUUUGUUGGGGCAGUCAGCAUGUGCAGCUGGGCAUUUGAAAGUAGUUCUGCUUGAAUGUUCCUCUUUUUGGCUUUUCAGUACUCCCCACAGGAAAAAAAACCAACAUCAACUUUGUUGUUCUUACAAGUCCCUGCAUGUCAGUCUGGGUGGAUUAAAAUAUAGAUGUUGGUAUAUAGAAGUGAUAACCUCCUUGUAUUUUAUUGCAGUGUCAGGCUAUUUCUUCAGUUAACUGCAACAUAAUGCAGACACAAUUUACCUGUUCUGGAUGUUGAGCUACGGGGAUUUUGAACUGCAGUUCUGUGAUAUUGUUCAAACACACCUUCCCAUAAACUCUGGACACCUCAUCUUCCAAUCUGAAGUUAGUCAGGAGGAAAGAAGGCAUAAAAGCAGAGGGUGCCAAGUGAUAAGUGCUUAGUGAUCACAUCCACCUUCCUCUUCCAUUCAGCUCAGAUCAUAAAACACUAAAGAGGCAGAUAAUUACUUGCCAAACAGCACCAACUUUUUUGACUUGGUAAUACAGAAAACUAUUUUGCUUUAUCUUUGUGAAUAUACCUGUGUCUGAGUCCAGUCUGCAACAUGUUAUAUGCAAAGAAAUUAAAUGGGACCGUCAUAAUUAGAAAACGUUUUUGAUGGAUUAUUUAGUAAUAACUACAUAUUUUACUAAUGGACCUUCCUAUUUUGCAAUAUGCUGCUAUUUUCUUUAGAAGAAAAACAAGCAGAACUUUAUAAGACUAACUGUAAAUGAUUUCAAGUUCAAUACAUGCAUCUGAAGCAUUAGGAAAAGAUUACUGAAAUUAUAUAUAGUUUUUAAAGAUGAUGAUAACUGCAUCCUCUAACAAAAGGGUUUUGUUCUUCAGAUAGUAGCAAGUGUUGAUGGCAAUAGUUUAAGAAUAGCAGAAUGUUCCUUUCUGCUGGGUUUGUGCAAAGCCUAACGUGCAGUAGGAUGCUGUGAGUUAAUAACUUGUAGCACGGUGCAGUGACUGUGUAAGUAAUGAGAAUAAAAUUAUAGAGACCUA